UCUGGAAACUAUACCCGUCUCCACGCAGAGGGCCUGUAAAGCAGUGACAGUGCAGGAAUUACACCCUACCUGGUGCAUACUGUGCAGGGAGCCUCUGACACAAUGAUGAAUUGUUUAAAAAAAGAGAAAACACAACCCAUGUUCAGGCUACAGGGUCGAAGCUUCUGGGAUCCUCCACCAGGGCCAUUUCCACGAUGGAGGUCCAUAAGUCAGAGACAGCAGCUGAUGAAGGAGACCGUGAGGCUCUGAAAUCUCUGGAUCUCAAAGUGAUCGCCGAGAAGACCGUGGAGCCGCAGAGACCCAUGUGGGGCAGCCGCCUGGAGUUCAUCCUGGCAUCGGUGGGCUACGCGGUGGGACUGGGCAACGUGUGGAGGUUUCCGUACCUUUGCUACAGCAGCGGUGGAGGGGCCUUCUUGAUCCCGUACUUCACCAUGCUGCUCCUCUGUGGCUUCCCUCUGCUCUUCUUGGAGUUUUCUAUUGGGCAGUACACUCGUUUAGGACCAGUGCAUGCUCUCGCCAAGAUGUGCCCUUUGUUCAAAGGUGUUGGUCUGGCCACAGUUGUUCUCUCCUUUGUGUACUCUACGUACUACAAUGUGCUCAUGAGCUGGGCUCUUUACUAUCUCUUCAACUCGUUCGGAGCCACACUUCCCUGGAUGUCCUGCAACAUCACUUGGAAUGUCGUCGGGAACUGUUCCAGUGGUAUCCAUGGCAAUGUCACCCACCUGCAGUCUGCCAGUCAACAGUUCUUUGAUCACAAGCUUCUGCAGAAGACUGAUGGCAUUGAAGAAGCUGGUGGCAUUCGCUGGGAACUCUUUGGCUGUCUUGUUUUGGCCUGGGUCACUGUGUACUUGUGCAUAUUUAAAGGAAUCAAAUCCACUGGCAAGGUUGUGUAUUUCACUGCUAUAUUUCCAUACUUCAUUCUGUUCGCCCUGCUCAUAAAUAACCUGCAGCUUCCUGGAGCUAAAAAUGGUAUCCUCUUCUUUGCCACACCUGUCUGGAGCAAACUCUUUGAAGUGAAGGUUUGGGUUAAUGCAGCUGCUCAGGUGUUUAACUCCAUUGGAAUAGCAUUUGGGUCCAUGAUUUCGAUGGCUAGUUACAACAAGUUCAACAACAACAUUCUCAGGGAUGCUCUUAUCGUGGCCGUUACCAACUCAUUCACUAGUAUCCUGGCUGGCUUUGUGAUCUUCUCAGCCAUUGGCUACAUGGCUCAUGUACACAACCUCCCAGUGGACAACAUAGCAACAGGUGGACCUGGUCUCGUGUUUGUUGUUUACCCUGAGGUCCUCUCAACUAUGCCCCUCUCCCAGCUUUGGGCCCCUCUGUUCUUCUUCAUGCUGCUGUGUCUGGGCCUCGACAGCCAGUUUGCCACAGUUGAGGUGGGUGUGGCGUUUGUAAAAGAACAGUUUGGACCUAAACUUCUGCCAUAUCUGAAAAGAGAAGAGCUGAUAACCCUGGCUGUGUGUUUCUCCUGCUUCAUCUUGGGAAUUCCUCAUAUUACCAAGGGGGGUAUCUAUGUGUUCCAGCUGUUGGACCACUACACCGCUAUCGUUUCCCUCAUGUUCUUGGCUUUCUUUGAAGUCAUAGCUGUCUGCUGGAUCUUUGGUGUCCGACGUGUCUCCUUAAUGAUCAAAAGGAUGCUUGGGAAAACUCCAAACAUCUACUUCCGCGUCUGUUGGCUGGUGUUCAGCCCUGUGUUGGUGAUGUGCAUACUGAUCUUCAGCAUUGUCCAGUACACUCCUGUUCACUAUGGGAAGUACAAUUACCCGCUGUGGGCUGAAUAUGUGGGCUGGUGCAUUUCACUGGUCUCUAUAGUGUGGAUCCCAGUCUGUGCCAUUCAAGAGAUCUGCAGCAACAAAGGCUCAUUUCUUCAGAGACUCAAAACAGCCGUGACGCCGACAAUAGACCUGGACGCUGAGGAUCCCUUACCAGAAAAACAGGCUCUAGACCAGCAGGAGUCUGAAACCUUGUUCACUUCAGGGGUAUGACCACAGAGGAGGCCUAGGCCAUGUAUCAAAACCACUGCCUGUGGUACAGCUCAUCUUCUAAUGAAGACUGCUGUUUAGUGAUGUGUUUGAACUGUCUUUACAUUCUGGUCAUAAAAUGAUUAUUUUAUUCUAUUUGUUCACCAAAGGAUGGGCCAACUGUAGUGCUUUAAUACCUAAACUGCUAAUUCAUUGCAGUUGACUUUUGCACCUUCUGCAUAGUGUGAGACAUUUUGUCCAGCGAUUAAAGGUUCAUUUAAUUUGGUUUAGGAAAAAGUUGACAUGUUAAUUUCCUGAGUGGGCAUGUGUUCCUUCCAACUAAAGGUUGAAAUGUUAAGGAUUAUGUCCUUCACUUUGAUGGAUUGAUAGGUAUGCGCAUGCAUUGAGAUCAUCUGAUUAAUGUCAGAGAGACAUGUUGUGAAAUGUACAAGUGCAGUUUUAUCCCUGAGCAGGUUACACCACUUGUUUCUAAGCCCGAAAAGAAGGGAGCUGCAAACAUUAGUGCUUUAGCCUUUGGGUUUUGGCCUGCUAUUAUAAAAACAAAAAACAAACAGCGCACAACACCGCAGGAUGCACACUGCAUCCUUAAAAAACACACACGAAGAACUGUUGCUCAAAUAAAAAUGUGUUGGGUUUUUUCUACUCUUCUCAGGUUGAGGAAUGAUUUUGUAUAAUUUUUCAGUUUUGUUUGACUUUUUUUUUAUAUACUUAAUCUCGGAGCAGGUUACUCACAAAAAUCAUUAGCUGUGCCUCUGAUGUUCUGCCAUGAAGUUGAAUUGAGCUGAUGAGGAUGGAAAAUCUUCAUCGGGGCAACGCUCACUGUGUCUUGUACCGCUCAUGCUCUUUAUUCUAUUGUGAGACAGUUCAUCACUGUUUAACUCACACUUCGUGACUCUUCCAGCAAAUAAUGUUGAAGAGUACAGUUUGGUUGAAAUUUAACAGAUUUUAACUCAAACUUUAACUUUGAGAAGCUUUCGUCAUGUUGAACUUUGGGCUAAGACGAACUACCUCACCUUGAAAAAAACCAGAGGAGAAACAGCACAGCCAUUUUCAGCCAUUUGGCUUGGGCCCAUAUCACCAAAAGCUCUUGAAUCUCGUUUUCUUUCCAAGUUCUCAUCUUCAACGGAUUCCUGGGAUAUUUGUCCAGAGCAGCUGACUCACAUACGGAGUCUUUUCAGGGGAAUAUCAGUUCAGAGUUCAGUACAUGACUUAAAGCUGCUUUUGUUUAAGUGGUACAAUCACAGUUUUGGGUGAAAUGAGAGCAUUCAGCCUUUUUUUUUGUCUGAUCAAACAAACCAUUAUGUAGGAGUGCCUUUUGUUCCAAUGCACUCAAGUGUAUUAGUAGUAUUUAAAAGUGUCGGGAUGAUACAGAAGCAUUUGUACAAGUAACUGCUUAGUUACACCUUUUUACUCUCAACACUCAAAUGUAUUUCCGUGGGUUUCAUGUUUGUUUGUUAAACAAAAUCCGUCUUCACCACAUUUAAUGCAGAUUUUUCAUAUCAAUGACUGUUAAAUUAUCCUACUGUUAUUGUCUUAUUUGAACUGUUUUGUUAUGUGGGAUCUUGAAUAAAAUGCCUUAAUUUUU